UGUUUUUGUUCAGUUGCUUGAACUGAAAUUAAAAAAAAAAAAUGAUAAUUUAGUAUCUUCAAUGCAGAGGAAGCAUUCCUGAUAAUUUCGCUUUCGCGUAUCGUAAAACAGUUCCUCAUUAACAAUAGAGAAGCAUUAACAAGGUGAUGCAACUGCAGCUAUUUUCAAUAUUUCUUACUGUCCUCUCACUAUAUGCAACCCAAAUAUUCGCUUACAUCACUGACUUAAAGCUUGUAUCCUGCGAUGCAAAACAUGCCUGCCCGAACUAUCCUGGCUAUAGAAAGAUAGAUAUCAACCUUAAUAAAGGUGUAAAAAAAGGCAACUCAGUUUACUUACACUUCAAAGAAAGCACUAUUGACGACCCUAUAACUGAUAUAAAAAUUGAACAAGGUACUAACUAUACAUCGGCACCCAACAUUUCGAAAUGGACAAGGCUGAGUGUCGAUUUGAAUGAAAGAAAGGACGCUUCGAACGAUGCCAGUGCAUCACUAUGGUUGAGUUAUACAAAAGAUAAGACAGUUUCAAAAAAUCCGAUAACAUCCAUCAUCGUGAAAGAGGGAACAAGUCCACUGGUUGGCGCUGAAUAUAAGCGUAUUCCAGUUGAUCUGAAUAAAGAUGUGCACGGCUCUUACCUGUUCAUGUAUUAUAGCCAAGACGGUCCUAAAGAUCCUAUCACUGCAAUUACUGCCAAACAAUGCUUUACGAGCAACUGUUAUAUGGAGGGAUGGGAGAGAGUUGAAAAGGAUUUAAAUAGAGGCAUUGUUGUUGGAAUGAGUGUUUAUCUGUUCUAUAAAAGGAGUCGAACAGAUGAUCCUGUAACAGAUGCUGUAGUCAUAUUGAAUGAUCAAACACCUCCUGAAGGCUAUACAAAAGUCGAUGUCAAUCUAAACUCAAUCUUUAGAGGAGAUGCUAUUUAUUUAUGGUACAGAACUACACCACUCACUAACUCUGACGUCGCUAAAAAGGCUAUUCAAGAGUUAGCUAUCGAGUUCGGAGCGCACACUAUGACACCUUACGGGUGGACAAAAAUUAAUGUUGACUUAAACAGCGGGAAUAAUGGGAAAGGUACCGUCGGCGAACCAACAUUUUUGUAUAUGAAGAAAGGUUAUAAAGACUUACCAAACAUGAAGCCUUUAGCAUUUGAUAAGAAUGGGGAUUUUAAAAUCUUGCAAAUAGCAGACUUACAUUUUACUAACGAAGAAGGCGUUUGUCGCGAUGUACCAGCCGACACAGAAUGCAAUGGCGAUAUGACAACGUUAAAAUACAUUGAGAAGUUGCUUGAUCAUGAAAAGCCUGAUUUGGUAGUUUUCUCUGGGGACAACAUAGAUGGCGCAGGCGUUAGUGAUGCUCGAGCAGCUACCUUCAAAUUUGCUGAUCCUGUUAUACAGCGCAAAAUACCAUGGGCUGUUGUGUUUGGAGAACAUGACGACGAAAGUGACUUGAGUCGAGAAGAAUUGAUUGAGGUUAUGCGGAGAAUGCCUUACUCGUUGAUACAAAGAGGACCAAUGGAUAUCCCAGGCUGGGGUAAUUAUGCCGUUAAGGUUUUUGAAAGUACACAAAAGGCAGCGCCACAUGCUUUCACGCUGUACUUUUUGGAUUCGCAUUCUUAUGCGGAAACCAAAGAAGGCUUUGACUUUAUCAAAUCGUAUCAAUUAGAUUGGAUCGUGAAAUCUGCCUCCGUCUUCCGAGAAACAUCAAAUUCGAAACUUAAUGCUGGUGUAUUCUUUCAUAUACCUAUAUGGUAAGAAGUUCAUAUGCACUUGUGUAAUUUAUUUACAGAAGUAACGUAUAUGGACAUUAGGGAUUACAGAGAGGAGACAAAUACUAAUAAGCCAAGUGCAAUACUGGGUUCAGCUCGUGAACAUGUGUCAAGCCCUGGAAAGAAUAAAUUAUCUGCAAUAGAAGCGUUCAAAUUAGGUAUGUGCCAAUAUCUUUUUGCAAAAUUCAAAGUAUACUCAUACUUCGAUUAUUCUGUUCUACAACAGGCGAUGUGAAAUUUACAGCUUGGUAGGUUCCUCUAUUUUAUAACUAUUCCUUCUUUCCUUUAUUUCAAUUCUAAACACGUAAUAAUCCAUACAAAAAUGAAUAUAGUGGGCAUAAUCAUGUAAAUGAU